GUGUUUGCGUCAUUCCUUGGCUGGUACGUGAAGAUGAGGGAUCACAUCCCUGUUGUUGGCAUUUAAGGGGUGUCUGAGCGCACACGAAGGACAUGAGAGGACCCACGCACUUAUAACAAGCCCACAUUCAAACGUUUACAGGCUGCUAUAGUGACUGAAGUGACAGGUGCAUUCCCUGCUUUCCCCAAGACUGGGACUCGAUAUUUUAACAGUUAUAAAGUUGAUUUGGGGUUAGAUUACCCACGAAGUUGCUGACUACAGUAGUAAGAUACAUCCAGUAGCGUUAUUCAACAACUGCAACAGAACUACUUGGAGGAGCGUGUAGCCAAUCAGUUUAUUCAAAUAGGCUACAAGACAAAACAAGAAUGCCCAUGUCGGUAUCCGUGCAAUCCUGCUGGACUCUCGCUCUGAGCGCGUGCCUUGUCUUGACGGUGACUGCGGACUGCGGAGCCGACUGCGCAUAUUGUAUACUUGAUCUACAACUUCAACAGACUAACAUAAACUCGCUUACAUGCACCUUAGAGUGCGAAGGUGCUCUCAGCUCCAAGAAAUCCUGGGAGUUGUGUGAGGAUGUCUUGCAAGCUAAAAAUGCUGACAGUCUAAAAGAGGGAGACCAGGCUACUACCACAGAGACUUCCAAGCCAGACAAUAACGAUCCCCAACUAUUAGUAAAGAAGUAUGGCGGCUUCAUGAAGCGCUACGGGGGCUUCAUGAAGAAAACUGCAGAAGUGUACGGCCCUGAAACUGAUGACGUGGACCAUGGCAGGGAGAUCUUGUUCAAACGUUACGGAGGGUUCAUGAAGAAAAGUGGCGAGGCAGAUGACACACUGAGUCUGCUCCGGGAACUGGUUAGGAAUGUAGACGGAGGAGGCGGGAUCAACAAGCGCUAUGGAGGCUUCAUGAGGAACGCAAGACAGAGCUCUGACUUGGAGAAUGGUAUUCAAGAGCUGCAGAAGCGCUACGGUGGCUUCAUGAGGAGGGUGGGCAGGCCAGAGUGGAGGGAGGAGCAAAAGCGCUACGGAGGCUUCCUCAACAAGCGUGCCUGGGUGGAGGAUGAGGAAGAGGAGGAGAAUGAGCGUGUGGAGUCAGAAGAUGUUCCAGAUGUUGUCAGUAAGAGAUAUGGAGGAUUCCUUGGAUACUGACCUUCCAAAAUACGUACAACUGCUCAAUCAUGUUCUGUUUUAAUGUCGUGCCUGCCUUCUUACAGGUAUCCAUAGCUGAUUGGCUGUCGUAAUAUACUGAAGCCAAUAUGGUGAUUUCAGUGGUGUGACACUGUACUAUUCAUUCACCACCUCUAAGAAACAUCCCUUAACACCUGUCUGCCCACAGUGUGCAGUAGGCUAUAUGAACCAACCAGUCUGGUUCUUUUCUCACAUUUGGAAACAAACUUACACACAUACACACACAAACCCACACAUUCCAUCAUUUUAGGAAUCCAGAAAACCGUCUUCUGUUAUGUUGAUUGUUAUUAUUGAAGUGACUGAAAUACGCAAUGUGUCCAAAAGUUAAGUCUUCUGAGACCCCUACUGACCACAGAAACACCCUACAUUCAAAAUAAGAUAUGUUGUUAGACUGAAAAACUGGUUUCACACGUGUUGCUUUUGUCAGUGCUCCACGGCAGCGGCUGUCCAUUUUCUAAAUGCAGCAAUUUAUUUUACUGAAAUCAUUGUAGCCCCCUGCUUUUCUGUACAUAGAAGAAUAACUUGCUUUAAUUGCAAUAAGUGUUUGCCAUGAAUAAAUAUG